CAUAGGUACAUAUAAAGAAACACGUCGCUUCGGCUGCAUGUCGCAUUAUCGAAUGGUGCUCCCGAGCGAGAUCUUCGGAGCAACAGUGGAGAAAUCGUGAAAACGCAACUGAAAGAUCACUGCGUUCGACGAGAUGUUGUUUCCCAAGGCAGUUUUUGUAUUUCUUCUGAAUGGAAUUAGCCUAAGCGAAGUUUUAUCACAGUAUGGAUACAAAUCAGAAAGGAUUAACAACGACCUUUGCAACACAAAAGCACUGCACGAAAAUUAUCGCGACGCAAUCAUAGUGUGCAUCUCCAGUCCCAAGCCAAAAGUACAAAAGGUUGCAUCGGCUUAUGGUGCACGAUACUAUGCGUCUCAAAAAGCGUCCAACAGCUACGUCGUGCCUGCUACGGUGAUUGCCGACAAACCUAGAUCUUUCAUCGCCACGCAACAUGAGAUUAGCAACAAAGAUGCGGAGUUUACGAUUUAUCCGAAGUACUCGUACAACUAUGGUGUGCUCGACGGGAAUACCGGAGACACAAAGGCAGCCUGGGAAGAACGCGACGGGGAUACAGUACGUGGUGAAUAUUCGGUCGUCGAAGCUGAUGGUUCCAUAAGAACUGUCACUUACACGGCAGACGAUCAGCACGGCUUCAAUGCUGUUGUCACAAGGACCAAGCCAAUGACGAUCGUCGCUCAAUCUGCAAUCGUCAAGAACUUUUCACCAUUUUCUAUUUACAACAGAGCAAGACCUAGGCCUUGAUACUCGAUU